AUGAAUCCCUUGGUAGCCAUGGAAACAGACGGGUAUCAAGUGACUUUCGAAGGCUGUAAUUCCUUGCCGCCGCAUGAACACAACGAAUCGUGCGGCAAAACCGCCAUUGUGGAAAAGGACGCUAGGAAGCGCGUUGUAGGCGGCGAGGUGUCACAGCCGGGGCAGUGGCCGUGGCUGGCGUCCAUGCACUUGAUGUUAGGACACAAACACCCGGAACUGCUUUUGCGACCCCAUUCAUGUGGAGCGUCCCUAAUUCACCCGCAGUGGCUACUCACUGCUGCGCACUGCAUAUGUGAGAAGUCAUGUAGACCCUUUGCGGACAUAAAAGACUGGCGCGUGGUGCUCGGGGAGCACGUGCAAGGUCGAGAGGAAGGUACGGAGCAGAACAUCACCUUGGACAAGAUAGUCGCACACCCCAAGUACAGUCAGAAGUCUGAGGAAAAGGAACUCUAUGAUAUCGCCCUACUUAAGUUGAGCAGGCCCGCUCACAUGACCGAGUACGUGAACACCAUCUGCAUCAAGCCCGACUACACGGCGCCCGAUCACAGCUCCUGCGUCGUUGCAGGCUGGGGAAAGCUAUCGCACGAGGCUGAAUUUAGUGCGGAAAUACCGCACCAUGCGAGUGUGAAGAUCGUGCCCACUUCCGUCUGCGCCGUCAACUACAAUAAACUUGAGUGGGAUGCUCAACAAGUCAUCGAUGAGUCUGUUAUUUGCGCCAACGAUGCGGGCAGAGACGCCUGCCACUAUGACUCGGGCGGUCCGCUGGCGUGCUUCCAUGACGGCCACUGGACCCUGACGGGCGUGGUCUCUACAGGCUAUAUAUGCGGCCACCCAGACUACCCCGGGAUCUACACGCGCGUUAACCACUUCUACGACUGGAUAGAGAGUGUCAUAGAGGCCAACUGAGCCACCAAACCUCAUACAGGCCAACUGAGCUACAAAACCUCCGUGAAUAUGUGCAACAACGAUGCGCUGUAAAACCUACAAUGGUUACUGCACAACUGCAGAUGCAUUUGAAAGAUACCGUUCGAAAUGUUUGACAGUUAAAACUCCAAUGUAUAACCCUAUUUUAUGCUUUUACUUUAAUGUAUGUCUGCUUAACUUUAAACAUCUGUGAAAUAUAA